AUGACAAUAUUUAAACAAUUUGGUACAAAUUUAAAAAUAUACACCAAAAUUAUUCACAUGAAAACGAGACAUAAAACCAUAAAUUAUAAUGCUUUUUGUACUAAAUUGUAUCAAACAAAUCCUCUAAAAUUAGUAUUCCCACUUCACCAAUUUCACAGAAAAUAUUGUUUUCAUUCUUUUAGAGGAGAUGAAACUGAUAGUGAUACUGAGGAUAUUGAACAAAAACGAGACAUUAAAAAUAUUAUAUUACUAGAUAAUAAUGAUACACUAGCAAUAAAAAUAAGUGAAUGUAAAUCUUUGCAAGACAUUUUUGAUAUCUUGAGAAACAACAAUAAUCAAUUGAAUUGGAAAAAUAUCUCUAUGGCUAUAGCUAUGGUUAGAGAACUUCAAAUAAUAUACUACAGAGUGUGCAUGUUUGAAAAGAACUUGAAUUCUUAUAUCACUCCUGAGGAUAGUUUUGAAAACAUUUUAACAAAUAAUGAUUUUUUGAACCUAUUGAAUUUAAUGGAAGAACAUUAUGAGUUCAUGAACAUCCAAUGUUUAUCUUACAGUUUAUUGUGUUUACAUAAAAUUGGAGUUGAUAUAAAUUGUACAGUAAGUAAUAAACUAUCAUAUAGGCUGCAAAAAAUAUUGAUGACUACUCCUGUAGAAGAAAUAGAACCCUGCAUAUUAUCUAGAUUUACUGUAUCAAUUGUGAGUCAUAGAGACCUUUUAGGUCUGUAUAUCCUUAAAGACAUUUGGCCAAUUGUAUUAAAAAAACUAAAUUUAUGCGAAACUUAUGAAGAUAUAAAACAUAUUUCCAUAUGUUUGUACAAUUUGCCGUGGUUUUUAAACAAAUCUAUCAUGGAUAACUUUGUUACAAUAGUUGAACACACUUUGCUGAACAAACCCCAACAUGAUGAUAAAAUCAAAUGCAUAGUGAAAGUGCUGAGACUAAUAAAUAGUCCUUACUGGAUUAAUCAAAACAUUGAUCUCACACGAUCUUUGUUGCUCAAUUUACAAGGUGUUAUUAAACACAUAGCACUAUAUGAUAUGAUACAACUACAAAUGAUUAUCGUGAAACAAUCUGAACCGUAUCAGUUAUUUGAGGAAAUACACAAUGAGACAUCUAAAUGGCUAUCCAAAGCAGAUGUUGAUACUGACAUCACUGUACUUCGACUAUUAUCUUGUAUAGUACCAUCUUCAUCUGCAUCUAGACGAAAACAUAUAGAAUCCUUACUAAGAAAACAAUUUUUAUUAAACAAUAGUUUUUCUCAAUUAUGUAUUGGACCCUUGUUCAAUAUUAUCAGAAAUUUAAAAACAUCUGAUUUACAUAUAUGCAAUGCUUAUUGGUCAAGUGUAUUGGAUUGGCUAAUAUCUGGGAAACCCUUAAUUCGUGAACAUCAUAAGCUAUUACGAAUAUGUAACAGAUACAUGAAUUUUAAUAACAAUAUGUCUGGAACAUACAGACAUUAUAAAUUUGAAAAUCAAAUGAUCAAUUGGUUAAAUGAGGAAUUAGAGCAAGGAGUGUCAGCAAUAAUUCCAUCCAAAUUUAGUAAAAUAUUUUCAUUUUUUAUAAGCUAUCCUAAUGAAAAUAUUGGAUAUGAAAUGCCUGAAGUAAUGGUUAAAAAAGUAUUAGAUACUGUUGGUCAAUAUAGUGUAUAUGAUUGUUACAUUAUUAGUAGAGGUCUGAAUACUGCAUUUAUUAAUCGAAAGAAUAAAACAUCAUUGCCAAUGUUCUUAGAUCAAUAUGUGAGGCUAUGUACUGCACUUAACAAAAGAUGUUUAGAAAUUCUAAAUCAAGAACCAAAUUUAAGUAUAGAUCAAAUAAAUUCCUUGUAUCGAGGAUAUAAUCAUCGAUAUAAUGUUAAAGAACCAGAACUAUUUUAUAAAAUACUGGAUAGGUAUAAAAACUUUACGUCUGAACAUUUUUCAUCUAGGACUAUAAGAGAACUGACUUACAAUUUAGUUACAUCUGAUUGGUAUGAUGCUGAGCUCUUAGACAAAUGCUUGAAGUAUUUAAUAAAAAAUCACAAAUAUUUGUUAGCCGAAAAUGUAGAAAAAAUAUUAACAGUAUUUUUUUUGUAUGGAGUUAAUAGUGAAAAAUUUAUAGAAUUUCUACCUUAUGCAACUGAAAUCAUUAACAGGGAUAAAUUUAAAAUGUCUGGUUUAAAUUUCAUGAGAGCUUCACUUGCUUUAUGUUAUUUUUAUAGUCUACCUACAUCCAUAAAAGAUUAUUUAUUUAGUGUUGAGUUCUUAGAAAAAUUAGAUGAUGAGUUAAAUAACUGUUAUGCUAAGGCUACAUAUCCAUUAAAAGUAAGGCAAUUAUUAAUGAUAUUAAAUAGAGCUGUAUGUAUUGAUUAUCCAGAAUUUGAUGUACCGUGGUUUCAUACUAAGUAUUGUGAAGAAAUCCAGUCAUUAGUUCCUAAACAUACUGGUUCAUUUUAUUUGGACGUGGAAAAAAGAGUAGGUCAAUUAAUUAAAAAUAAAGGUUAUCUGAAAGCAAACUCUUUUUCUCCAUAUGGAUACAAAUUAGAUUUUGAAAUAAUUCUGAAUAAAUCAAAACAGUUUAAGAGGGAAAAUAAAAAUGAGAAAUUAGUUUUGCUUCUUCUGAAUGAAAAAGAUUUGCGAAAGACUGAUAAUGAAAUGAGAGGGCUUUCUAAAUUGAAGCAAAGGCAUUUGGAAAUACUUGGAUAUAGAGUGGUAUGGAUUAAAAAAUCUAUAUGGAAUUCCAUGUUUAUGACUGAGCCAGAAGCUAAAUUAUCGUAUUUAAAGAGUUUAAUUUGGAAAAGACCUUGA